AUCUUUAUCUCACCCACUAGAUCCUUCAGUCUGUCAGUGUUCGUGGAAAUUGGUGGUUGUUUUUCUCGUGAGUGCCCCAAUAUGUGUUAAAAUUCGUGCAAUGCCCCCAAAAAUCUCCAGUUUUGUUCCACCCACCAUGGAUAAUUAAUAGUGACCACCAGCAUGGGUUCCAGGAUACGCGAGAACGUCAAACACUUUUUCGAAUGCUUCUGCGAGGUGGUGCCCCCCACGGGGGACAAAGCGGCCUGGAUCAUUCAACAGUACCCCGACAAAUACAAGGACGAGGAAGUGCUCAAAGCUGUACCAAAUUUUGCAUAUCCUUACAAAUUCGAAAAUACUGUUAUUCAGCAUUAUUCCUUCGUCCUGACGGAUUUGGAGUCGAAAUGGACGUUCGGUUUCUGCAGACACGACCCGAGAUCAGAGACCGCGAUUGUGGUCCUGAGUUAUCUUCCGUGGCAUCAAGCGUUUUAUAAGUUUCUAGAUAACAUAGCAGUAUUAAUGACCAGUCCACGAUCGGAAGACUUGAGCGAAUUCUUGUCAGCCGUAUACAACACGAAAUUAGCGGAAGCGGGUAAAUAUUUCACUGUUCCUUUCAACCGAGGAGAGAGUACCUUCGCCGUUGAGGUUCCAAAACCGUUCCAGUUACCGAGCAUACCGGAAAACAGAAACCUCACGGAGUAUUACAACGCCGUUGAUUCUCACAAUAUGAUGAUAAUCUUUGCUUCUAUGUUGUAUGAAAGGAGGAUUAUUUUCACGUCCAAAAAACUGAAAAGAUUGAGUGCUUGUGUGCAAUCGGCCAACGAUGUGAUUUAUCCAAUGAUAUGGCAGCACAUCUUCAUUCCAGUGCUUCCCAUGGCACUGAUAGAUUAUUUGCUAGCGCCGAUGCCUUUCCUUAUUGGUGUACCUGAUGAAGUAAUGAAGAAAGUGCAAAGACACGAAAUCGGCGAGGUGGUGAUCUUGGACGCGGACGCAAAUACCGUCACGACGCCAUUCGACGACCUCAAUAAUCUACCUCAAGAAGUGAUUACGUCGCUGAAACGACAAUUGAAAAAUAAGUCGGCCCUAUUGGGUGAUGGUGUAUCACGUGCGUUUCUUCGGGCUCUUGUUCAAUUAAUUGGAGGAUAUCGGGACGGACUUAGGAUACAAGAGGCACAAAAAAUCACCUUCGACCAGGAGAAGUUCAUCGAGACGAGGCCGGUGUCGUUUCAGCCGUUCCUGAGGGAGAUGCUGCAUUUGCAAAUCUUCCAACAAUUUAUUGAGGAAAGGCUUGCAAUGUUGAAUAACGGUCUCGGUUUUUCCGACGAAUUCGAAAUGGAAACAUUCCGCUACUCUGUCCAAUCCGGCUCGAAACUGAAGCAACAAUACAAAGACUGGACAUCAACAAUGAAAAAAGAAGGUUCAGCCUUUUUCAAAAGUGUCAAAGAAAAGGCCAAUCCGGCUGUUAAGUCCGCUGUUAAAACGGUGAAAGACGGCGGUAAGGGUGUGAAAAGUGCCUAUCGGGGUCUACGUUCCCGUUUGAAGGAAAACCAAGGUCCGCAACAGCUCCAAAACGGCCUCGACAGUCCCAAUGAUAAGCCUCGUUCGGCUCCUAAUUCGCCGACCGGAAAACGGCGUACAUUCGUCGGCAUCAGUGUGCCUACAAAUCACCGGAAAGAUACGGCAUUGUCGUUCAAAAGUUCAGGCUUUGAAAGGUCGUAUAGUCCAUUAAGUCCCACUUCGCAACCCAUCUCACCGGAUGGUGGUUUGGACGCGUCUCGAAGCGGUAGUCCCAAUCUGGAGUUCCCUCGUAUCGACUUGAUGAAUGAAAUGAAGGAUUUAUUGCAGCUACGUUUGGACACCCCACCAGUGGACCGAUCCUUAAAACCGGUCCGUAGCUUGGAAAACUUCAAACAGCACACAUCCCCGUCAUCGAACAGCCCCGACCGUUGGGUGUUCCCGUCGCGUACCAGCGCCCCCAUGGCCUCCCCCCCUAAACGUUUCUUCCUCCCCAAUCAACCCUCUUCCGAAACCCAAAACCUCCUCCAAUCCCCCGACGAUGUGUUUUCCUCCCCGCCAAUCCCACCUCGCGAGGCCAAAGAUCUAUUCGGGACGACACCGUUCGUGGUCGCUGAGGGACACAGCGAGAACGGCGAUCCCCUUUUCCUUGUCGCUAAUCAACACUCUAUUGAUAUCGUUAAGCUAUCACCGCCUACUUGUUCGCCUCGGCGGAAGCCUGAAGAUAUGGAGGAUUUAAUUCGGCUGGAUUCUACGUCCGAUACGGAUGAUUUUGAUCCACUCAAGUCGAAUUCGUACAACAGUGGCGCCCCCGCACCGUUGAGUCUUUCGAAUCCGCUCUACACGUAUGAGAAUCAUUCGACGAAACAAAAUGGUUCAGUGCAAAAUAGAAACGAUCAAGAUUUACUCCAAGAGUACGGUUUAGAUUUUAGUUUUUCGAGUGUGCAAAAUCAACAAAUAUUCGAUCCGUUUGCUAGUACUAGUGCGAGUAACAAAGUCAAUUCUCAAAGUCAGUGGACUAGAUUCGAUUGAAAAGUGAUAUUAAAAAAUUUUAUACGGUUUUUAUGAAAGUGCAACGUUUGUGUUUUUAUUUACAAAUUUUAUUUAUACACGAGUUAUGUAUGCAUAUUUGGGCGGAUAUAUCAAGUUACGUAAUUUAUAUUAUUUUUUAUUAUGAUGUACAAUUUUUCCUAGGUAAGAAGCAACGUAAACAUACCUAAAAUGAAGACUCGGAAAAUUAUAGAAUUAGCUGUGAUACUCCUUAUUUGUUUAUCAUUCAAAAUCGGUUUAUUUUUUGUUAGAUUGCACGUUAUAAAUAAAAAAUAUCAAUUUACAACUAUUUUGUCGUAUAUAGACCAACAACUUAAAAUUGGAAAAGUUUAUUAUGUCUGAACUUAAAAUAGGCUAAGCUAUAAUACUGUGAUUGUAACAAUUGUAUAUUCACCUGAUUAAAUUGUAAAUGCCUCGUAA